UGAUGUCUACACAUGCGCGUUGAACUCCAUAAGGAAACGAAUGAUGGCGGAAGACAAGACAGUCGAGCUGCAAAGGCUCGAGUACCUGUCUCUGGUGUCAAAAGUUUGCACAGAACUCGAUAACCAUUUAGGAAUAAACGACAAAGACCUAGCUGAGUUUAUCAUUAAUUUGGCCGAAAAGCAUCCGACGUUUGACUGUUUUAAGGCAGCACUACUCAAAAAUGGAGCCGACUUCACGGACUCGCUCGUCACCAAUUUGCUGCGCCUCAUUCAGACAAUGCAUCCAUCUGCCACUCCAUCCACCAGUAAAGGGCCUUCGGGAAAGCCAAAAGGUGAAGAAGACAAACGUAGGGAGAUGUUCCCUGGUCUCUGUAUACCAGACAAUCCAGACGCCUGGAUUAAGCCGGUUCAAGAUGAUGCAAAGGUGGCAGCUGAUAUCAUGAAAGAGCUGGAGAUGUUCAUGCCCAGUGUUCAAGAAACAAAGGACACAGACAAGUCAGAAAAUGAAAGUGGUGCCAGAAAGAGGAGUCGCAGUCGAAGCAAAGAGCGGGACCAGAGGGGUCGCCAGCGGUCCAGGUCCCGAUCCCGUUCCAGGUCUCGCUCGCCAAAAAGAGACCGCAAGAGGGUGCGGAAGUCCCGUUGGGACAUGGACAGCGACGCCUGGAAGGACAGGCAUGUGGACCGGCCUGUCCAUGUGGACCGGCCGCCCCCAGAGGAGCCGGUGGUUGGAGACAUCUACAACGGCAAAAUCAGCAGCAUCAUGCAGUUUGGAUGCUUUGUGCAGCUGGAGGGACUGAGAAAACGUUGGGAAGGCUUGGUGCAUGUCUCAGAGCUACGGAAAGAAGGGAGAGUGGCCAAUGUGGCAGAUGUGGUCAGCAAAGGUCAAAAGGUCAAAAUCAAGGUGUUGUCCUUCACUGGGACCAAAACCAGUCUCAGUAUGAAGGACGUGGACCAAGAAACAGGUGAGGACUUGAACCCAAACCGGAGGAAGAAUCUUUUAGGAGAAGGCACGGAGGAGUCCAUGAGGAACCCAGACCGACCCGUGGACCUGAACCUGAACCAGGUCCCCGAUUUAGAGGACGACACUGUGGAGCGCAAGAGGCUAACCAAGAUAACUGACCUGGAGAAGUGGGAGAUCAAACAGAUGAUUGCUGCUAAUGUUUUAUCGAAAGAGGAUUACCCUGAGUUUGAUGAAGAAACUGGCAUCCUACCAAGGAUAGAUGAUGAAGAAGAUGAGAAUUUGGAUGUGGAGCUGGUUGAAGAAGAGCCCCCCUUCCUCAGGGGACGCACCGGACAAACCAUGAACCUGAGUCCUGUCAAAAUAGUCAAGAACCCGGACGGCUCUCUGUCCCAGGCCGCCAUGAUGCAGAGCGCUCUGUCCAAGGAGAGGAGGGAGAUGAAGCAGGCCCAACGCGAGGCAGAGAUGGACUGCAUCCCUCUGGGCCUCAACAAGCACUGGAUCGACCCCCUGCCUGAUAUCGAGGGCAGGCAGAUCGCCCAGAACAUGCGGGGCAUUGGCAUCAUGCCUGACAUCGACGUGCCAGAGUGGAAGCGCUACGCCUUUGGUGGCAACACCAUGUCAUACGGGAAGAAGACCGCGCUGACCAUCCUGGAGCAGAGAGAGAGCUUGCCCAUCUACAAGCUGAAGGAGCAGCUGCUUCAGGCUAUCCAUGAUAACCAGAUCCUGAUUGUGAUCGGCGAGACGGGCUCUGGGAAGACCACUCAGAUGACACAAUACCUGGCUGAGGCGGGCUACACCACCAGGGGGAAGAUCGGCUGCACCCAACCCAGAAGAGUGGCCGCCAUGUCUGUGGCCAAGAGGGUGUCUGAGGAGUACGGUUGCUGUCUGGGACAAGAGGUGGGCUACACCAUGCGUUUCGAAGACUGCACCAGCACGGAGACGGUCAUCAAGUACAUGACGGACGGCAUGCUGCUCAGAGAGUUUCUCAUCGAUCCUAAUCUCACGCAGUACUGUGUCAUGAUGCUGGACGAGGCCCACGAAAGGAACAUCUACAUCGACAUUCUCUUCGGCCUGCUCAAAAAGACUAUAAAAACUCGCAAAGAUUUGAAGCUGAUCGUCACGUCUGCCACGCUGGACGCCGUCAAGUUCUCCCAGUAUUUCUACGAGGCGCCCAUCUUCACCAUUCCCGGUCGAACAUACCCCGUGGAGGUGCUCUACUGUAAAGAGCCGGAGACGGACUACCUGGACGCCAGUCUGAUCACGGUCAUGCAGAUCCACCUGACUGAGCCCCCAGGUGACGUUCUGGUGUUCCUGACGGGUCAGGAGGAGAUCGACACGGCCUGUGAGAUUCUGUACGAGCGCAUGAAGUCUCUCGGGCCAGAUGUUCCUGAGCUCAUCAUCCUCCCUGUGUACUCUGCUCUGCCCAGCGAGAUGCAGACCAGGAUCUUCGAUCCAGCACCCCCUGGAAGCAGAAAGGUUGUCAUUGCCACCAACAUUGCAGAAACUUCCCUGACCAUUGAUGGCAUCUACUAUGUGGUGGACCCUGGCUUUGUGAAGCAGAACGUCUACAACUCCAAAACUGGCAUCGAUCAGCUGGUGGUGACGCCCAUCUCACAGGCCCAGGCUAAGCAGCGUGCAGGCAGAGCCGGUAGAACUGGCCCGGGGAAAUGUUACAGGCUGUACACGGAGAGAGCUUACAGAGACGAGAUGCUCACCACCAACGUGCCUGAGAUCCAGAGAACCGACUUGGCCAGCACUAUGCUCUCACUUAAGGCCAUGGGCAUCAAUGACCUGCUGUCGUUUGACUUCAUGGACGCCCCUCCCAUGGAGACGCUGGUGACGGCCAUGGAGCAACUCUAUACUCUGGGAGCGCUGGAUGACGAGGGACUGCUCACACGCCUCGGUCGCAGGAUGGCAGAAUUCCCCCUUACCCCCAUGCUGUGUAAGAUGUUGAUCAUGUCGGUGCAUCUGGGUUGCAGUGAGGAGAUGUUGACCAUUGUGUCCAUGCUGUCUGUUCAGAAUGUCUUCUACAGACCAAAGGACAAGCAAGCUCUUGCUGAUCAGAAGAAGGCCAAGUUCCAUCAGCCUGAAGGAGACCAUCUGACCUUACUGUCUGUCUACAACUCCUGGAAGAACAACAAAUUCUCCAACCCCUGGUGUUUCGAGAACUUCAUCCAGGCACGAUCCCUGCGCCGAGCUCAGGAUAUCCGCAAACAGAUGCUGGGCAUCAUGGACCGACAUAAGUUGGAUAUGGUGACGUGUGGAAAGGCCACGGUGCGUGUGCAGAAAGCCAUAUGCAGUGGCUUCUUCCGUAACGCUGCCAAGAAGGACCCGCAGGAGGGCUACAGAACCCUCAUCGACCAGAACGUGGUUUACCUCCACCCGGCCAGCUCCCUCUUCAACAGACAGCCAGAGUGGUUAGUGUACCACGAGCUGGUGUUGACCACAAAGGAAUACAUGCGAGAGGUGACCACAAUUGACCCCCGUUGGUUGGUGGAGUUUGCUCCAGCUUUCUUCAAAGUCUCCGACCCCACACGCCUCAGCAAGCAGAAGAAAAUGCAACGUCUGGAGCCACUCUACAAUCGCUACGAGGAGCCCAACGCCUGGAGAAUUUCUAGAGCUUUCCGCAGACGAUAGUCUCCUUCUCAUGACACUAUACUCCAGCCACUACAGCCUUUGUUGUCUUGUCACAGCGGAGGCCGGCUCCACGGAGGCAUUCCUCUUGCUUUCGCUCCUGAUUCCUGAGACUCUUCUUUGACACGGGACACAUCUCCAACCUCGCUUUACAUCCCAGUUGGCAAUAUCCUCUUGCCUUACAGUAUUCAUACAUGUGAAUAAAAAAUCGAUAAUUUUUUCUUAAUGCUAUAGUGCUGGUUUGUUUAUAAAUCGUGUUAAGCAGAUAUCAAUUCAGAUUACUCAACAUAUUAUAAAGAUUUCUGUACUGUGGAACUGUAAUUAGCUUUAGGCAGAAUCCAGGCCCAUAUUUGGUGACAAGAAUGGAGAACGGAAGGAGGUACUCAAUUCAAUUAUUUUCAAUGUGGAUGUCUCGUAAUGGGACUGGAUAUCUCGAACAGAUGUUGUGCAUGUGCAACUGAAUGUGUCUGUGUGUCUGAGGAAGGGAGAAAGAGAGAGAGAGGAGUAAUAUAUUUAUAGAUCAUUAAAAACGUUUAUACUGUGUCGACAGAAUAGAAACAGGAAAUUGUGUACUUUUGUGUGUACUUUUGCAAUACAUUGGCUAACCCCUAAAACAAAA